UCUAAGGAUUGUUGUUCUGCGUGUAAGCCAUCUCUAGCAGGCCACCAGCUUGUUCUACUGGGGAAUUGCGCAGACAGCUAACUGUCCAUGGCUAUUAGGCGAGAGAUUUGGCUGCCAAAGAUCGUGGUGGUACCUCCGAUCCCGUGAGUAAUCUUGCCGCUGUGACACCCGACACCCGACACCCAUUCCUAGGCUUGUGCAAAACCAUUCUCACUGUUUCGUCGGCGAAUAGUACCUUCAAAUAAGCUGCGGCGAUACCAAAUUCACGACACAAUGUGUACCAAAGACGCUCAACCCAGAGUGGAACGUCAUCAGCACCAUUCCAAUCACCGGCGUUGAUAAUUUGCUCCUCGACUUCCACUGCUGGGACAAGGAUCGAUUUGGCAAGGACUACUUGGGCGAAUUCGACUUAGCAUUGGAGGAGAUCUUCGCCAACGAUGAAGUGGAACAAGAACCACGGUGGUUUCCGUUGAAGAACAAGAAAAAAGAUAAAAAGUCCAAUGCCGUCUCCGGGGAGGUCCUUCUACAAUUUCACUUAUACGACUCGACCAACAAAGAUGCGACCCCCGCUCAGGUUUUAGAGAAGCUGAGGAUCCUCGCUUCAUCUCUACCCGAGGCCUCAUCCCGAAACCCUACUCCUAGUAUGACACCCAUGCUGGGCCCUGCGUCCAAGUCAGGAGCUACGACGCCUCCUCCAUUUAGUCGAAAUACUGCCGACAAUUCUCAAGAUGACGAGGAAGAUGACGAUGACAUGCUGGACGAUGACGAGACUCCUGAGGAAGACGACCCAACCAAGCCAGAGGCUAUUGAAAAGAGGAAGAGGCGACUAAGGAUCAAGGGGCUUAAACGCAAGAAGAGGAGAGAUCCCUAUGAAUUCUCGAAUAACGGUGGCGAUGUCGUCGGACUGAUUUUCCUUGAAAUCUGCAACAUCACGGACCUACCCCCGGAGUCGAACUUCACCAAAACUAGCUUCGAUAUGGAUCCAUUCGUUGUGGCAUCUCUUGGCAAGAAGACAUAUCGAACUAGGGUUAUUCGCCAUAACUUGAACCCGGUAUUCAACGAAAAGAUGAUUUUUCAAGUACAGAAUCACGAGCAGGCGUAUUCAUUUUCUUUCACCGUCAUCGACCGUGACAAGAUUUCUGGGAAUGACUUCAUCGCUUCGACUACCUUCCCCGCACCUGAGAUAAUCGAGAAAAGCCCUCAAGCGGACCCAGAAACUGGACUUUAUGAUCUCCAGGAGCCAGCUGAGUACGUGCCAACACAGAAAUCACGGCUCGCCAGGCUAGGCUUGUCAAGAAGUACAUCGUCUCAAAGUCUAGCCAAGGGACGGCCCGCUAUGUCUAAGAACCCAAGCACGGCUUCAACAAUCUCACAAAUCGACGGCAGUAAUGAAUCCAAACUUGCAGCUAGUUCCGGGCCAACUUCAAGCUUAGCCCCACCUGACCAAUUGGCCAACCUAAAUAUCAACAACGAACCAGAAGUUAGUGAGAUGGAAGGCGGCGACUUCUACACAUUCACCCUUCCCUUGAAGAUGAAGAACCUUGAGAAGUGGGAAACCAAGCACAACCCAGUCCUCACUAUUCGUGCCAAGUACAUGCCUUAUCCGGCUUUACGGCAGCAAUUCUGGCGAGCUAUGCUCAAGCAAUACGACACUGAUGAGAGUGGCGAGAUCAGCAAAGUCGAGUUAACUACCAUGUUGGAUACUCUAGGCUCUACUUUACGAGAAUCGACCAUCGAUUCGUUCUUCCAGAGGUUCCCUCACAAAGCUUUGAACGGGGAGGCCGAGCUGACUAUGGACGAGGCUGUUAUCUGUCUUGAAGACCAGUUGCAGGCAAAGAGCACACCGCAGCCCAUUACUGAGAAGGUAAAGAACAUGCUCCCCGACGCCGAGAAAGCCAAGAACUUGCUCGGCAUCCCGGGUCACGGUAACGGUCAAGCCUCCCCAUCCGAGGAUGGCUCAUUCACUCUUGGCCCUGAGGAGUCCGACAUCAAUGGCUCGCAGUCAGGCACGUCGACACUUAUUGUUCCUGAUCUCGAUAAGGCCGGAGAAGAAGGCAAUGUGUUGGACAAAGACGAUCUCAACAUUGAUCGAGGAGAGGAGCAUGUGGUAGAGAUUCGGGAGUGCCCCAUCUGUCAUCAACCACGCCUCAACAAGCGCAAAGAUGCUGAUAUAGUCACUCAUAUCGCCACUUGCGCAAGUCAGGACUGGCGUCAAGUUAACUCACUCGUGAUGGGCGGUUUUGUCACAUCUAGCCAAGCACAACGGAAAUGGUACUCAAAAGUGAUAACGAAGAUCUCUUACGGCGGGUAUAAGCUUGGGGCCAAUUCGGCCAAUAUUCUGGUACAAGAUCGCCUGACAGGACAGAUCAAUGAGGAGAAGAUGAGUGUCUACGUAAGACUAGGCAUUCGUCUCCUGUACAAAGGCCUCAAGUCCAAGGAUAUGGAAAACAAGAGGAUCCGCAAGCUUCUCAAAGGAUUGAGUGUGAAGCAGGGUAAAAAGUACGAUGAUCCGGCAUCCAAGUCGCAAAUCGAACCAUUCAUCGAGUUCCACCAACUGGACAUGUCGGAAGUGCUUCUGCCAGUAGAGGAGUUCAAGAACUUCAACGAGUUCUUUUACCGCGCCUUAAAGCCCAGUGCUCGGCCGUGUUCGGCUCCAGACAACCCACACAUCAUCGUAUCACCUGCAGAUUGCCGAUCAGUUGUCUUCAACUCGAUUGAUACUGCAACCAAGAUAUGGAUCAAAGGCAGGGAGUUCUCGGUCAAGCGCCUCCUUGGCGAUGCAUAUCCCGAAGAUGCUGCAAGGUAUGAGAACGGAUCUUUGGGUAUCUUCAGGCUUGCCCCUCAGGACUACCAUCGAUUCCAUAUCCCGGUAGAUGGAAUCCUCCAAAAGCCCAAGCUCAUUGAAGGGGAGUAUUACACAGUCAACCCCAUGGCCAUUCGAUCGGCUCUCGACGUCUAUGGAGAAAACGUCCGAGUGAUCUGCCCGAUCGAUUCGGAACAGCACGGGCGCGUGAUGGUGAUCUGUGUAGGGGCCAUGAUGGUGGGCAGCACAGUCAUUACGCGGCAAGAGGGAGAGCACGUGAAGCGCGCCGAAGAGCUCGGAUAUUUCAAGUUUGGUGGCAGCACAAUUGUGGUCCUAUUUGAGCCAGGCAAGAUGGUUUACGAUGAUGACCUCGUUGAUAACUCUAACGGCGCUCUUGAGACCUUGAUACGAGCAGGCAUGUCAGUGGGACACUCGCCCCACGUACCGCAAUUCACACCGGAUAUGCGAAAAGAACCUUCGCAGGUGACGGAAGCUGACAAGAAGGAGGCACAUCGGCGGAUUCGUGGCGGGGUAGAGACACCAGAAUAGGGCAAUGUUGCCAAGUAGAAAAUACCUAUUUUGUACACUACGUAGGACUUCUAGAAGGUUUAAAAAAAAAGAGCGCAGUUGGUAGAAGCGAAGAUUUGUCAGGUGACGGAAUACUGCAUACUGCAUACCGCAUACCGCUUUUCCUUGGAUAGCUCACCGUUGCCCUGGUACGAGAAGUCAAACGAUAGCUUCAAGGCCCCCAAAAAAGAGAACAUCUGUCACUGGUAUACUGUUAUAUCUUUGGUCUGGGUUUGUAUGACUGCAUAGGCACCCGCAUGGUUCAGCGCAAUUGCUACGGCGACGCAACGUCAGGCUCAGCGGGGGGCAGAGCUUUUCUAUACCAACGCCUAGGAGCAUGCAGACAAGUGCAGACAGAGUGCAGACAGAAUACAUCAAUUGAUCAAUUAACACGCGAC